AUGAGCGAUCCAUUUGGUGGUAGAUUCGGUAAUUUUGGUGGUUUUGGAGCAUUUAGAGGUAGCUUGUUUGGAAGAAGAGAUCCUUUUGAUGAUCCUUUCUUCUCUCGACCGUUUGAAGAUUUGCUCGAACAAAACACCUUAAGCUCAGGUGCUUCCUUUAGUAACGCUAACGCACAGAGCAAUAAUGGUGGGAGAGGGUUAACAAUUGAAGAAAUACCAUCUGACGAAGAACAAGAGGAAGAGAAAGAAACUGACGAAGAACAUAUUACUUCAGAGAAUCAGCCAUCUAUUGAGCUCCCUGAAGAUGAUGCUGAUGCUGAGAGGAGGAUUCAGAAUGUGAAUCAAAGGAGUGGUUUCAAUAGAAGAGAGAGUGCGGAUUCUCGAGCUAGAACAUUCAGACAUCAUACAUCAAAGGUUACAUAUGGUGGAAUUGAUGGCGCUUACUAUACAUCCAGUAGAACCAGAAGAGCAGGCAAUGAUGGUAUUGUGGUUGAGGAAAGCAGAGAAGCUGAUAAGACUACUGGUGAAGCCAGUCAUAGGAUCUCCAGAGGAAUCAAUGAUAAGGGUCAUUCGGUUACUAGGAAGCUUAACUCUAAUGGCGGCGUAGAGUCCACACAGACUCUUCACAACCUCGAUGAAGAUGAACUUAGUGGCUUUGAAGAAGCAUGGAAAGGCAAUUCAUUUCUUCCCAAACAUGAAUCCACUGGGUGGCUUCUUCCAUCUCUGGACCAAACUCGUCGCCGAACAGAGCAAAGUGAGAGCGGUUCAAGCCGGUCUGCACCUGGAGCUAAGAAGGUUGUUCGGAUCAACAUUGAAUGA